AUGGCCACUACCGAAAUGCAGUCCUUCUAUACCCCCUCGACCUCUACGCAUAUCUCCUCCCACGCCCCGGCUGCCGUUGACGAACUGAUCAAUAAAUACUCCUCGACCAUGUCGACUACUACCAGCGCACCUCCCGCAUCGCAGCCCCGUCGAGGCCUGUUGGGUCGUGCCGUCGAUCGCAUCCACCUAGAAUAUUACCGGUACGAGGUGACUUUCGGGAUCUACGUCCUGACACCCGGCGAGAAACUUGCCGCCAACACUUUUGUUAUGGUAUUCAUGACUCUUCUUCUCUGGGCAUUACUCCUCUACUUCCCUGCAUUGCUCUACAACAAGCUCAGUCGUCUCGUGUGGCUAUUGACGGGCCACAGCGGCGAGGAGAUGGGGGCCGUUCUGGGCAUCCUCGAUACGCGUACUGGUGCCACAUCGCCGGCGUUUUCGAGCCCGACUUCUUAA